AUGGCCAAAUUCGGUGAUUUUAAUAGCGUUUGUCAGGAAAUAGCACUCACGGUAUGUCCGCUUAUUGGUGCAGAACAAGGAAUCGAACCAUCAUGUUAUUCAAGAAAUAUUGAAAUUGGAGGGGCUUUGGUUUUUCAACCUGCUACACUUAUCAUACACCUUGUCUCUUUGAUGAUGACUUCUAUCAUGGUUUUUCAUAUAAAAUCAAAAUAUACUGCUGUCGGCCGUAAAGAAAUCGUAUUGUUCUUUUAUUUAUAUAUGAUGGUUACCUUUUUAGAAUUUUUGCUCAUUUCCGGUGUCAUUCCCACAGCAUCCAAAGCUUAUCCUUAUUUCGCAGCUAUACAUAUUGGUCUAAUAAGCGCAACAUUUUGGUGUCUAUUGCUUAAUGGAUUCGUCGGUUUUCAAUUUUUUGAAGACGGAACUUCAUUAUCACUUUGGUCAUUUCGUCUUUCAUCAUUAUUCGUUUUUACCAUCACAGCAUUAUUAUCUCUUGCCACAUUUUUAAACAUCGGAGGAUUGAAUUCAUCACAACCAAUUAUUGUAUGGAUAAUAUUAUAUGUAUUUAACGGAGCUGCACUUUUCAUCUAUGUUAUACUUCAGAUAGUACUAGUCCUUAAUACAUUGGAGGAUCGUUGGCCACUUGGUGAUAUUAUGUUUGGAACGGCGUUUUAUGUUAUCGGACAAACAGUCCUUUAUGUAUUCUCUAUUCGCAUCUGUGACUAUGCCAAACAUUAUAUCGACGGACUAUUCUUUGGAACGAUUUGUACGCUAUUGGCUGUUAUGAUGAUUUAUAAAUAUUGGGAUUCUAUCACAAAAGAAGAUCUGGAAUUUUCAGUUGGUAGCAAAAAACAUACUUGGGAAGUUAAAAAGUUACUUGAUGAUGAUGAAAUGAUUUAUCCAAACGAACAACGACGUCGUUAA